AUAUAUAUAUAGAAAGAGAGAGAGAGAGAUAUAUUAAAUUAUAUUUCUCUCGCGUCCAAUCUUAUGUCUUAAAGAACAUCCUGUUUCAUUCUUUUUGUUUCUUGGUCCAUUUCUUGAAUCAAAUUAAAACCAAGAUCCUUUCAUAACAUAUCAUGCACAACCCUCAUCAUAGGUGCCAACCCUCUUUGCCAUGCUUCCAUUGCCACCCCACUACUUACAUCAGACUGGUUCAACAUCUUAUAGAGAGGUGUCUGCUGCUGCAAAUGGACCGAGAUGAAUGCAUAAGAGUCCUCGCCAAACAUGUCUGCAUUCACCCCAUCAUCACGCUUACAGUGUGGAGGGGACUACAGAAAGAAAAUACAGAAUUCUUUCAAGCAUAUUUCCAUGCCCCUUCUCGAAGACCUUUCAUGAGAUACGUGCAUAAAGCACCAAGGUUUGGGAGAAGGAACCAUUUACGACGUUGAUUAGAUGGGUUAUAUGUAUACACAUAAGGGUGUUCUCUUAAAUUAUCAUAACUUAACCAAGUAUGACCAACCAAAUCGUUAAAUUGUGAGGUUCUCAUGGUUUAAUUUCUUGAAAUCGUCAACCAAUAACAGAGUGAAACGUGUCAUUUUGUCAAUAACGAAUUCAUUUGGUGAUUUAGGUGGUCAUUUUUAUAUAGAUAUGAAAAACACAGUCAUUUUCUCGUUUUUUUAUUAUGGUCAUUUAAUGAAUGAUCAGAUGAAAAAAGACGGUCAACUUACGAGAAGGCGAAAAUCAAUCUUAUCUACCUGUUUGCUAGAAUUUACUUCAAUGUUUUUUUAUGUUUGGA